AACAUGUUUUUUUUCUACUUGCACGAACCCGCACACAUACACAGAAAUCGGAACCCUGGACAGCCACAUCAUAUUUAGCUUACGUUGAUUGGACUAAAUCGUUUUUGGUAUCUAUUAGUUGUCACUGUAUUAGACUAAGCAUAUGUGAUUUGAUGAUUUUGACAUGUUGAAGUUGAAAUGGUGCUAGGGUAGUGUUUCCUGUUUUCUUUGCAACUUGCGGUAACUCUCCAAGUGAUUCUUAAUAAAUAGUUGUUUAGUAGUCCGAAAAAGUCUGAAAUAUUAACUAGCUUGACAAUGCUGUUUGUUACAUGCAAUAUGCUUUGUGGACUUAAUCGGACAGAUGUUGCUCUCCGGUUUUGUGAUGAAACAAAGGUGUGGUUGAAUUUAUUUGCCACUGUGUCUUAUUGUCUCUGCCUUAGGCCUAUAUAUCACGGUCCCAAGGCAUAUUAACUAACAGGCUAGAGCAAACAAUUAAAUUAUCACAACUCAUAGGUUGUAAUAUGGCUUUUUUCUGGCAUGGCUUCCCCAGUGAUGUUACCCUCGCACCCCUACUGUGUAUAGUUGCAGGGUUAGAAGGUGGUGCAAUUUAAAAUGUCCACAUGCCCCCUUUUUUUGUCACCAAAAAUGUGCACUCCGCAUUCUGACCUGCGAAAGGCAGCAAUAUGCAACACGGCGUCUAGUCUGCCGAAAAUUCACACGAAGAAGGAGGUUUGUAGUUCUUCCUGUACAGUACUUUCUUAGCAGCUAGCUACGUGGUUUUAGCAAGACAGUGGAAUGAACGUCAUGCUUCAUAUGAAAAUGUUAAAGGACAUUUUAAGUGUGUUUUGCACAAUUUGUCUUGUCACCAAGUUUACCACUGCAGCCCAAGACGGCUCUAAUGGGAAAAAGGACCAAGAGUGUUACAACUACGCUGGAGGACACGUCUACCCCGGAGAGGCUUUCCGUGUACCCGUCUCUGAUCAUUCCUUGCACCUCAGCAAGGCAAAAAUUUCAAAGCCUGCACCUUACUUUGAGGGAUCAGCUGUCAUCGAUGGUAAGUUUAAGGAGCUCAAACUGUCGGACUACAAAGGGAAAUACCUCGUCUUCUUCUUCUACCCCCUGGACUUCACGUUUGUCUGCCCGACUGAGAUUAUUGCGUUCAGUGAUCGUGUGCACGAGUUCCGUGCCAUCAAUGCUGAGGUUGUUGCCUGCUCUGUCGACUCACAAUUCACACAUCUGGCAUGGAUCAACACACCCAGGAAGCAGGGGGGACUCGGAACAAUGAAAAUCCCUCUGCUGUCUGACCUCACACACCAGAUUUCCAAAGACUAUGGAGUCUUCCUGGAGGACGCAGGACACACACUCAGGGGCCUGUUCAUCAUCGACGACAAGGGCGUCCUGAGGCAGAUCACCAUGAAUGACCUCCCUGUGGGGCGCUCUGUAGACGAGACCCUGCGGCUUGUCCAAGCCUUCCAGUAUACUGACAAACACGGCGAAGUGUGCCCAGCAGGAUGGAAGCCAGGCAGUGACACAAUAAUCCCAGACCCAGCGGGCAAACUCAAGUACUUUGACAAGCUGAACUGACCCUCCCCUCUAAUAAACACUUUGGUUUAAGCUCAGAAUAAAAACAGUUUUGAUAA